ACAGAGUGAAGGAACCAUGAGCGACUCUGUUGAGAAAAGCUCAGACUCUCCUGCACAGAUGGAAAGUUCUGAAGCUGGUGGACUGACGAACACCCCUCUUCAGGAGAGGCUGGAUGACGAGAGUGUGAUCUUUAACGACUCGAGUCUCUCGGCACAGAUCCACGCUGAGCUCCAGGGUCUGCGUCUGGACCACUGCCUCACCGAUGUGGUCCUCAGCGUCCAGGAUGAGAAGUUCUCCUGCCACAGAGCUGUCCUCGCCGCCGCCAGCUUGUACUUCAGAGCGAUGUUCUGUACGGACCUGCGAGAGAAACAUGAACAGUGUGUGAACAUUCAGGGAAUCGAUGCAGAGGACAUGAAGAUACUGCUGGACUACACAUACACUAGCAAAGUGCACAUCACCAAAGACAAUGUCCAGAAAACUCUAGAGGCAGCCAGUCUCUUCCAGUUCCCACGGGUGAUGCAGGCAUGCGCUCGUUUCCUGGCAGAGUCACUUUACCCAGAGAACUGUGUUGGGGUUCUGCGUCUGGCCGACACACACUCGCUGAUGGAGCUGAAGGCUCGUGUGCAUGAGUACAUCGUGCAGAACUUUGGGAGUGUGGUGGAGCACGAGGAGGUGCUGGAGCUGCCGCUGGACGUGCUGGUGGAGCUGCUGCAGAGAGAUGAGCUGGCUGUGAGCGAUGAGGAGUGUGUGUACGAGGCGGCCAUGCGCUGGGUAAAGGCGCGUCACGCGGAGCGCCUGCCCUCACUGGCCCGGGUUCUUGCUCAUGUGAGACUCCCGCUGCUAGAACCCUGCUACUUCCUGGAGAAGGUGGAGAGCGACGCCAUGAUCCGCUCCUGCACUGAGGUUUUCCCACUUCUACAGGAGGCUCGUGCUUAUCACCUGUCCGGGAGCGAGGUGAUUUCAGAGCGAACUAAGCCCCGCCUCCACCAGUACCAGUCGGAGGUGUUUGUGAUCAUCGGCGGCUGCACUAAAGAUGAGAAGUUUGUUUCGGAGGUGACGUGUCUGGACCCCCUGCGCCGCAGUCGCCUGGAGGUGGCCAAACUGCCCGGCACCGACGCAGAGUCCGAGUGCGACACCAGGAAGUGGGUGGAGUUUGCCUGCGUCACCUUCCGAAAUGAAGUUUACCUCUCAGGUGGUAAAGAGACGCAGCACGACGUGUGGAAGUACAACGCUUCGCUCAACAAGUGGAUCCAGGUGGAGUACCUGAGCACGGGGCGCUGGAGACACAAGAUGGCUGUGUUGGGGGGCAAGGUUUACGUGAUGGGGGGAUUCGACGGUGGUCAGAGACUCAGCAGUGUGGAGGCCUACGACCCCUUUCACAACAGCUGGACAGAGGCUGCUCCUCUGCUAAUUGCCGUCAGCUCCUUUUCUGCCUCUAGUUACGGAAACUGCGUGUACGUCAUCGGCGGUGGACCGAAUGGGAAACUGGCCACCAACAGCCUGCAGUGCUACCACGUGGCGGCCAAUAAGUGGACAUUAAAAAGCCCCAUGCCCAUCGAAGCCAAGUGCACCAAUGCUGUAACCUUCAGAGACUCCAUCUACGUCGUGGGCGGGGCAAUGAAGGCGUUGUUCAGCUACAGUCCUGGCGUGGACGUGUGGACGUUGGUCACACAGCUGGGCAGUGAGCGGGCGAGUUGUGGGCUCUCGGCGUGCUGUAAUAAACUCUUCAUCACUGGGGGGAGGGACGACAAGAACGGCGUCAUCGCUACGGUUCUAUGUUGGGACCCGGACAAGAACACGCUGACGGAGGAGUGCGUGCUGCCCCGCGGUGUCUCGCACCACGGCAGUGUGACGCUCAGGAAGUCCUACACACACAUCCGCAGGAUCGCACCCACACCCACCGAGUGACAUCAUCAUCAUCACCGCCACGUUUACACAGGAGAACCGACGAAG